UUCCAAUAAAAAUCCCUAGCGUGUUAGAUAAAACAUGGCGGUGGCACAGAGCGGUUGGUUGCUAAGUAGUUUUUCCUCGACGUAUAGGCAUGUGAUAGGACUGAAUGUUUGUCCCAUCGGGGUCUUGCAAGUACGGAACUAUGCUGCUAGGAAAGGUACAAGGGAAAAAGCAAAGAAAAAGAAAGUAAAAGUGGUCAUUGAAAAGGUGGGCUUUAUUCCACAUAAUUUGAGAAAGUCGAAAGUAAGUGAAGCCAAAAAUCAAAUUGACCCCUCAGUAUUUCCCGAUGAGAGGAAGUCAGAUCCAACAGAUAACAUAUGGAUUAUAAGAUAUCACAAAUGGAAAGUUCAUCCGUUUGUGGAAGCGGUGCAGGGUCAUCAUGAGACGCAUCAUCCUACUAUAUACAAUCAACCAAAUGCGCCCAUAAAAGCGAUAAUAGAAUUGGAUAUGCAGACUGAGAAGAAGACAAAAUUUGUCAACACUUUCACGCGAAUGGUUCACAUACCGCAUACAUUUAGCCAACCCGAUGAAAACAGAAAAAUACUGGCGUUUUGUAAGACUCCUGAGAUGCAAGAUAUGGCGAAAGAUGCUGGUGCUAAGAUGGCUGGCGGUAAAGAAUUGAUAAAAAAAAUUCAGAAGGGAGAAUUUUCAACGAAGGAAUAUAACGUUAUUGUAUCAGAACCGACUAUUUUACCUGACUUGCUGUUAAUUAGGGGAAUUAUUAAGAAACAAUUUCCCAACAUUAAAUCAGGUACCCUGAACCCCGACAUACAGAUGCUCGUGAGGAAAUUUCUAACGGGGGUAGAAUACACGGCAAAGCCGCACGAUACUUUUAAAUCUUACGGCACUAUUGACGUCACAGUUGGAACGCUCGACAUGGAUACAAAACAAUUGGAGGAAAACUUCUCUGCUAUUGUCAACGACGUCCAUAAAGCUAAGCCACGUCGGCCAGAACCUUUUAUCAGAAGGAUUUUAAUUAUUUCUCCACCAUCAAAAGAACAUUUUAAAGUCGACUUUGAACAAUACUUACCUAAAGGCAGUGUAUCCAAAAAGGAAGAAACAGAAAAAGAAGAAGAAGAAAAAAGAUUGCCGGAAGCUUUUAUCGCGUCUCAGUAAUUUUGUUCAUAGCGAUGCCAAUAAAAUAAUAUCUACAGUUAAA